AUGGGCCAUCAAUUUACUCAUUCUAAUUCAAAGAGGCGUGCCUCGGUGGUUCACGGCUCCGUUGGAAAAGCUGGGCUUUUUCUUCCACAAGAUUUCAUCCACAAUCGAAAUAUUAGAGACGAAGAGUCGACCUCUGAAGCUCGAAAUACUUUGCCCCAAGAGACCAGCCCUUUGCUUGCUGUAGGUGACGACGGUCCCAAAGGGAGGCGUCAUCUGCUGUAUGACCAUGAUAUACUCGAGCAGGAGAGGGACUUGUUAAAGUACAGUCAUUACCCAAUGAACGAUGGAGAGACUGAUGGGGAAAUUGUUGCCUCUUUCGAAGACGCCGUACUUGCCCACAGAAUAUCCACCAAUACCUGGAUCGAAUUUGUGGCACUCAUAAAAUCGGCAUUACCACUUGUAGUAACAUUCUUGCUCGAAAGUUCCUUUCCAACUGUUUCCGUAUUCAGCGUCGGACAUUUGGGAGCCACAGAGCUUGCAGCAGCUUCAUUGGGCUCCAUGACUGCCAAUAUUUCUGGUUAUGCUACUAUUCAGGGAAUUGCUACAGCUCUUGAUACAUUAUGCCCUCAGGCUUUUGGUGCAUCUAAAUACCAUUUGGUGGGAUCGUAUGUUCAAAAGUGUAUUGCGCUAACAACCGUUGUCAUGGUGCCUAUACUCCUCAUAUGGACCUUUGUGGGUUACGAGCUUGUAAGGCUUAUAGUGCCCGAUGAAAGCACUGCUAAAUUGGCUUCGUCCUACUUGCUUUAUAUUGCCCCUGGUAUACCGGCGUACAUCCUAUUUGAGAGUGGAAAGCGUUAUUUACAAGCGCAAGGCAUUUAUCACAUUUCAACUUAUGUGCUCUUCGUCUGUGCACCACUCAACGCAUUCAUGAACAUAUUACUUGUUAAACACAUCGGCUAUCUUGGUGCCCCGAUAGCGGUGGCCAUUAACUAUUGGUUAAUGUGCCUCGGUCUCUUCUUCUCUACGCUCUACUUGGUUAAGCCUGAGAAUACUCCGUCUGGCCACCACCCCUUGGUGUGUUGGAAUGGUCUCAACAUUACUGACGCAUUUUCAGGUUGGACUCGGCUACUUCCAUUAGCCAUCCCCGGGCUUAUUAUGUUGGAAGCCGAAUUUCUUUACUUCGAAUUCAUGACUUUAAUGGCUUCUUAUCUCGGUACAGUUCCUUUGGCCGCGCAAUCAAUUGGCUCCACCGUAGCUGCAUUGACAUAUCAAAUACCUUACGCCAUUGGAAUUGCGGGCUCCACGAGAAUUGCAAACUUUUUAGGUGCUGGAUUACCCGAUGCGGCCAAGCUUUCAACGAAGGUUUCUUUAUCCUUUGGAACGUCUACAUCAGUGACUAGUUUUGUUUUCCUAUACAUCUUUAGGCGUCAUAUUGCUUUACUUUUCACUCUGGAUGAAAGAGUCAUUCUGACCUUGACCAAGGUUAUGUGGCUCAUUGCUUUGAUGCAAGUUUCAGAUGGAAUGAACGCCAAUUCAGCAGGGUGUCUCAGAGGUCAGGGAAGAACAAAAAUAGGUGGUAUCGUGAACUUUGUAUCAUACUACAUCGUCGGUCUUCCUUUGUCAUACUAUCUUGCAUUUCAUUCGGGAAUCAAGGGAAAGCUUGAUGGCCUUUGGAUUGGGUGUUUGUUAGCCUUGACUAUAAUCGGUGUUGUUCAAAGUUAUUAUGCUUUGGCCGCUAACUAUCCAAAACUUUGCAGAGAGGUCACCCAAAGAGUGUCUAAUGAUGCUCGCUAG